AUGUAUCUUACCAAGCAAACAAUGCGGUACUGGGCCCCGUUACUACCGGAAGGCUCGCAGUAUCCAGAUACUGGAUGCGCCGCAUCGGGGAAAGCGAUAUACUUUCUCUCUAACAAUGCUGAGAAUGCCGUCGUGGCGGUACCCAUUAACCCCGACGGUACACUGCAUGAUGGGACCGUCACCAUCACUGGAGGUACGGGAUCGAAUGCAAUUGACCGUGGAACCAACGAGACAGCGACCCCUGAUGCGCUUCUCAGCCAAGGCGCCUUGAGCAUUGUCGGGCAGCAUCUCUUUGCCGUUAAUGCUGGAUCCAAUACUCUCACGAUGAUGUCCAUUUCCGAUUCGGAUCCUACCAAGCUUAGUCUGGUUGGCAAGUCUGUCGUGGUACCUGGAGAGUUCCCCAAUACCGUAGCGGCUUCGGCCAAACACCAACUGGUGUGUGUUGGCACUACUGGCGCGAAGGCAGGCAUAUCUUGUUCCACUUACUCACCCACCAAUGGCCUGGGCGAGAUGGACGAGCUCCGGGCCUUUGACCUCGGACAGACGACGCCGCCCAUGGGUCCUGUGAACACUGUUUCACAUACCUUUUUUUCUGCCGACGAAACUCGUCUCCUCACGACAGUGAAGGGCGACCCAUCGGUGAACAACACUGGAUUCGUCUCAGUUUUUAAGGUCGAUGCCGCUCGUGACGGUCCCUCCAGACUGGCGGCCAAAGACAUCCGUAGUUCCCCCAUGGGAACUGCCGUCCUCUUCGGAACCGAACAGAUCCCCGGCACGUCAUCGUUCUUUGCAACGGAUGCGUCUUUCGGCGGAGCUAUUCUUUCGCUCGAUACGGAGACGGACAAGACAUUCUUGAUUGCGAACGAGACUGUUCCAGAUCAACAAGCGACAUGUUGGGUGACAAUCUCACCGACCACUGGAACGGCUUUCGUCACGGACCCCCUCACAAACCAUAUUGUCGAGAUGAACAUCACUGACGCGGAGGUUAUCACUGACCUCCACACCGACCCUUACAACGCUGCGACCGGAUUCAUCGAUCUGGCAGCUGCUGGCAACUUUGUCUAUGCCCUGUCCCCAGGAAAUGGCACCUCGGAGGCAGCAGUCAUGGUUCUGGAUGUAUCUGGAGGACCGGGUUCAGCUAAGGCGAUCCAGAAUUUCGGCCUAGGUGCCCUAGGAGUAGGAGGGAACGCACAGGGCAUGAAAGUUGUUCAGCCCGAGUGUGCCGGCAGGCCCAAUAGCCGAUUCAAAAAUACUACCAGUCAGGAGAACGGCGAGUCUCCCAAAGUCCCCAAAUGUGGCAAGAGGAAAACGUAA